AUGAAAAAACAUAAGAAAAGAGACCGGUCAUCAAGUAGUGAUGACGAGCUAUCGAAAAAAGAAUUACUAAGAAGAAUUCAUAAGUUGGAACGAUCCCAAGAAAGACGAAGGUCACGUUCCCCUACAUACUCUAGUAAGCGCCAUCGGCGUUCGGAGUCGAGCGUGCGUUCUCGCUCUCGCCGACUGGAAUCAGGUGACCGACGCAGGCUAACUCGCUCUCCCACACAGACGCGAAAGGUCGAUUCUUCCCCGUCGCGCCAUCGACAGCGCUCAUGGGUGGAGCGGGGAGAGCUUUCCAGCUGUUCCUGCGAUAGAAGUCGAUUCUCUAGUCGAUCCGUCGAGACUGUCGAGAGCACAGGGACGCAUUCAGCCCGUCGGCGCCGAAGUUUUUCUGCAGAGCGAUACUCGUACGUAUCGACGAAUGCAGACGCAACCAACAAUGAGGGAUUCAACUUGCAUGUUGAAAACCUUGUACGACCAAACAGUCCAGACAAUAUUACAGCAGAAGGAGGCCAUUCUCCGUCACUAAUAAUAAAUAAUGACGUUGAGCUAGGCGACGAUUUUUUGGCCAUUUUAGGAAGCGAUCCAAAGGAAUGUGGAAAGUCAACUUUCCAACUUCAUAAGGCCAUAUCCUCGCGAUGGGAUCAUAUAUUGUCUAAUGGCUUAUCGGACGAGGACAAACGGGUUUUAAAUGACCGUCACAAAAUACCAGAGAAUUUACCCUUGUUAGUGCCACCUGAGGUUAACGCUGAAAUAUUGGCAAUUAUGUCAGCGCUUCAUAAAAAGAGAGAUUCUGGUUACUCGGCAAUUCAAAAUCAGAUUUCUCAUGCUCUUUCAGCUCUUGGACAGGGCCUUAAAAUAAUUCUUGAAGAGGGCAAUAAUUUUCCCAAGGAAUUAAAGGAAAAUUUGAUGACUCCUCUUUGGGAUUCAGGUAAAAUUUUAACCAAUUUAUUUUUUAGCCUAUCGCAAACUAGACGUACCUUGAUUUCUCAAACUGUAAACAGACAGGUGAAAGAUAUUAUAGAAAAAUCUGUUCCUGACACCUCCUUGUUUGGUUUGGAUUUCGGGGAAAAAAUUAAAUCUGCCCGAAUGCUGGAAAAGACAAUGGCGAAAGAAGAGGAGGGAGGAGAUCAAUUCCGGAAAACCGAUAUCGCCCAGGUCGUCCAGGGAGGGGGACGAAACCUUACAAGGGCCAACAUUCCUCGAGACACGAGAAGUUCUAUUCCAGGAAAAACAAGUAAUUCCGCUCACAACACAAGAUGGCGAAGAACCUUACCCUGGUUGCAGCAAAAUUAUCUGGAAUGCAUUACUGCUGAAAAAUUACCCAGAAAAUACAUUACGAACCGUACUUCAAUCAUUAUCAGCUGGAACGCUUAAACAGUACAAUUCCACCUAUAAACUUUGGUGGGGUUUUUGCCAAAAACAUUAUCUUUCUGUUUACAAAUCCGGGUUACUCGACCACCUUACAAGUGCGCAUCGAAACAAACAAUUAGCAAAUGGGUCAAAGAAUUAUUGGCGCGUGCCGGCGUUAAUACAGAAGAGUUUCGCGCCCAUUCUACUAGACAUGCGUCUACGUCAGCCGCGAGAAGAAAAGGAAUUUCUUUGGAUCUCAUUCGCCAGACUGCAGGCUGGUCAGAAGAUUCCUCUACGUUUGCAAGAUUUUAUAAUCGUCCUGUUAUAG